UGACAGCGUUAGUCAUCUCCAUCUCCGAUUCCACCUCCAACCCCUGACGGGCACGAGCAGCAUGCAGACGUACCAGCCAGCGCAGAGCCACACGCAGCCCUCCUCCGCCUAGCUACCCCUCCCCUCCAUGCAAAAUCCGCCUCCCCCCCCCCCUUUAUCAAGCGGCGUCGAGCAGCCAGUCCCCGUGGUGCGCACAUCCUCUUGACGCUCCACAACUCCACCCGUACUCUUUGAGUCCCGAGCAACGCACUUUUUGGUCUCGCAACAACAACAAAAACCCCGACAACAACUCCAUCACCACCACCAUCAUCAUCACCAUCGGGUCCACUCAUACAGGCAAGGCAACGACAGUCCCACGUGUAGCAGCAACAGCAACAACAGCAACAAGCAACACCGAAACGACCGCGGCAGCGAGGUCGUCCGCUGCCCCGCUCGAAGGACAACUCUCGCACGCUCACAAGUCCCGACGCCGGUUGCGAGGCAGAGAGGUCCGUGCCAAGGAUGUCUCCUCCGCUGGUGCUGCCACUUGCGCUGCUGCUGCUGUUGGGGUCGGCAGCUCCCGUGCGGUCGGACGAAGACGGCUCUGGCUCCGGGGAUGGCUCUGGCUGGGACGUGGCCCCGCUGCUGUGCCUGCCGCCCGCACGGUGGGACGGCGUGCUGGGGCUGUGCGUGACCGACGGCAAGGGCGACUGGUCCCGUGGGAAGCCCCCCCUGUUGCUGCCCGAGGGCGAGGUGGAAUGGGCCGUCAAGGAGGAACUCCUCGGAGAGGUUCUGGUCACUAAAGAGCAGAGCACAUCCUCGCCCACAGGUGCGGCUGAGGAUGACGGCAACAACAAAGGGGAGAUAGCCUCAUCCCAAGAAAGAGACUACUGGAAGGAGGACAAUGAGAGGUGGGAGAAGGAAGAAGUGGAGAAGACGGAGGAGGAUGAGUUGGAGCAUGCCGGGGUCCAGGUGGAGAAGAUCACCAGUCUCUUGGAGGAGAUCAAGGACGAGGAGGAGAGUGCUCACGAUCCCAACACGUUCAGCUUCACAGGAAGCAAGCUAUGGCUCUACGCGUCCAUUGGGCUUGUCACCAUCGCCGGGAUUCUCGCUGUCUUGGUCGUCACUAUCAAGUACCGCAAGUCGGCCGUGGCGGCCAUCAAAGAGAGCAGCCGGCCCAACCACUCGAUCACCAAACUGCUGCGCAAGAGCCCGGAGUCCAAGCCCAUCCUUGAUGAGCAGGAGGAGCGCUUGGUGUAAUGACUUGGUCCUCUGUCAUCUUAUUCUCCAGCCCCACACAGAUUCCUUUAUUUCUUCUCACCAAACUUAAGUUGUUGACUUUGGCAUAAUCAUAAUGGAUAGGCAAAGUGAGCAAAGACAUAUGAUUAUAAUGCAAUAGACUGUGUAAUUAUAUUACUGUACUUGCCAAGAUGGCAGGCAUAUUUGGUUUUGUGGGAACAGCCCACUUUGGUGUGCUCCUAAAUUAAUCACUUUCCCGGGUCCAUCGUGGGCCCAUGCCCUCUAGACGUUCAACGUGUGUUCAAUUCCCAUCCCAGCCACAUUACCAUUCCCUCGACCAGGGGUGGUGAACCUACAUCCUGCGAAACAAAUUCGGCCCACGAGUUCACGUCAUAUCGCCCACAGCCAUGAGGCAUGUGCCACUUUGAGACCUCUGAAAAAUUAUGUGUCCAUCCCUGUAUCUUGGCUGCCCUAAUCCGGUACUAGAAGAAAAUAUUUUUGACAUUUUCUAAUUUUAUCAUGCUCAGUCACCUCUGCCACUGUAAGGGCCUUUCAAUUAACACGGGUGAGUAUGUAUGGUGCAAAAGAAGUUCAACAUACAUGCAAACAUACGAAAUAAGUGAAUAAGUGGUGUGUUAACCUGUGGCCCACUAAACUUACUUCAAAGUCCUGUUAGGCCCUCCGGAAUGAAAGAGUUCCCCACCUCUACCCUUGACCCACCCCUCCCACAGGCCAAACAUUUUGUCCGAUAUAUUACAGAAAUGCAAUUUGCUUGCUAUAUAUAUCUUUAUUGUGACAUGAUACACUUUCAUGAUAUUGGGAUUGAUUAUUUGUUGUGUAGAGGAUACUCAAAGUGGGAAUCUCUGGUCAAAUGGCAGGACCUGAAAUGUAUUUGUCAUCCUAAAAAACGACCAACUGGUCUGUACACAACGGGACCACGAGUGAUGAAUACCUCCAUUUCCAACGUUCAGGUAGAUGCAUGGAAAUGCUCACGUACGUGAACUACCAUACCCUAAUUAGGUGAACACCAAAUCCAUCUAGGCCUGGUGCUUAUGGCAUCAUUUGUUCGGGAGUGGGGUGUCUGGGAUGCAUUGCAACGGGGUGUCUGUCCACUGGCCAAGCCAUGUCAAGCUGGCAAGUGGUUGUCUACUAGUCAAUUGGCUUGGGAUAGUGGUGGUGGGUGUUCAAGUAACUGCACAGUAUACGGUAUAUACACAAUAGAAAAAAGAAAUAUUGCUUUCAUCUACAUUUAAAUCCACUCCAAAGGCUGUUUUGGAAAUUAUUUAAAAUGUAGUAGUGUUCCCUACUUUAACAAACACAAAUAAUCCACAAACUUCUGCAGUGUAUCAGGUCAAGUGAAACAUUCUAAAGCAUAGUUCAAAUAGUUGUUUCCUGUAUACAGCUGAUUUUCUUUGUGUUUUUUUCUUUGCGGUUAUCAUUGGCAUCCUACCGUAUACUCUGCACAUGUGUGGAUUUGGAAAUAUUGCGUGUGACGGUCUAUAAGUUUCACUGCAUACACAGAAAACACACACGCAGAAAAAAAGGUUGUAAAAUAAAAACAAAUAUUGAAAACGUUAUCAUGCAAGUUGAGUUACAUAUUCAUAACCAUUGAACAGUCUGAUAAGUGGACACCCGUGAACGCUUGGCCUGCAGGCUGGAAAAGAAAGCCCCAGUGACGCCACCGCGGGUGCACAUCCAUACCCACGUGACUCUUAUGUCAGCAGCAGAGAGGGCAGCGAGGCAGAGUUACUGACAUCCACACGACCCCUUGACGCUCCGCCACGUGCAUCGAGAUCGGUGCGAUUGCCAAAGUAGAGCCACAGAGUGCACGUCAGAUAAUCGGCGCCUGCGUUGUUGAAUGAUAAACGCUAUUUUCUACUAUAAUACAAAUUUGGAUCUGGUUUGUUUUAUUUUCUCAAGUCUUACAAUGUUAAUAUUGUUUCGAGAUUCGUUUUGAAUAUGUUUUUGUUUGUUUGAUUUACGUUAACAACCAAUCGCAAUUCACGCGGGGUAUAAAAUUUUGCUUCACUGUCACGGUAGUGAUUAUGCAUAGUUUGUAUAAUGCAGAGGUAGCCCCAAUAAAUAUCGGAACAAUAACUGUGAAUGUAUAAUUAAGCCAAAGCACGCAGGUAAGACCAAACAGGCGUUCUUACAUCUAAGUCCACUCCAAAGGCUGUUGUAGAAAAUAUUCAAACGUGGCGGAGCAGAGGAGCUACAAAGAUUAUUAUAAUUAAAUUCCCAUUGAUGUUUCAAAGCAAUUAUUUUCACGGGUAAUUGUAUCCAUGACUUUAGCGAGACUAUCUCCUUUAGGGCAAAAAAAAAAACUUUAAGAAAAAUGCCUACAUAACAAUCACAAGGUGCGAAGGCAAUAAUUUUUAUGCUUAAAUCUGUCCACCUGAAAAUCAGCAUGUGCAUUCAUUUUAAAUACUAUUUGUUGAUGCAGAUAAUGUUUAAUUUCAGUGUUACGGAAUUGUAAGGUAAAUAAAUGGCUAAAUUGUUAUAUUACUUUACGUACACAAAUACACAUACUCUUUGGUUCUUUUCGGUGAAGUCA